CAACUAAAAAUCAUGCACCGGUCGUUCUCUUCUUCUAUUGUUCUACCCAUUUACAGUCUUAUUGCUUUUUCUACCCCUUCCCGUUGCUUCUGUGCGUGGCCGUCGCCGUCGCCUGCGCAGCAGUCCUCUGCUCUUCAACCGUAGUAUCAGUGCCAGUUUCGGGUUUUAAGAGUGAUCGGGUAGUAUGCGGGUAAUUCUAAAUGGAUUUGGGAUGAAUUUGCGUAUAGUUGGUUUAUUCCUUGAUGGAUUCGGGUUCUUAAAUUGAUAGUCGGGUUUGGAUUUGGAUUCGGGUAGUUGAUUUCUAGCGGGUACCCACCCCGCUGCCAUCCAUACUCGUGGUUCACAAAAUCUAAUGCCUGGAGCUGCAUUUCUGCCUCAUUCCGGCUACCCUAGGCCUCAGGAAGCAAAUUCUCCUCCACUCUCUUGCAGUAGUUCUGUUUCACCACAAAGCUAAAAAUAAUUGGGCGGGUCAAACUCAAAAGGAGACUAUGGAUUCAGAGAAGGAAUCAACAUCAUUUGCCCGGAGGCAGUUAUCUUGCACCACCAGCUUUGACGCUCUUUGGUUCUGCUAUUCUCCAGUGCAUCAGAUGCAGCAGUAUUAUCGGCUAGGAGUUUUUGAUAACUGUUCGGAGAAAUGGAAUGCUUUGGUUGAUUGUUUACUUCUGAAGACCAAAAAAUCUUCUGAAGUGCAGGAAAUACUGGCCUCUCGUGAGAAGGCCAAGGACCACAUUUGGACUUUCCGGACACCAGAAGAAGCAUCAUCUCAUUGGAAAGAGCUGUAUGGACAAUUAGAUGGAAUGGAAUGAGGAUCCAAAGUCAGUCUGCAGGUCUCUCCAUUUUUUUCCCCUUAUUUGCUAUACCAAAACUAGAGAGGGAAGAAACAUAAUAGAUUUAUUUUUUUUUAACAUGGAUUCUCGUUCUUUUCCGGCCAAUAGAUAUUAUUGAUUCAACAGAGUGAUUUGUAAAAAUGAUCAAAGCAAUGGUUAUUUAUCAUAUUGUUCCAUGGACGUCGGUGAUUACGUUCUCA